CGUUCCCAGGUAUGGUUUCAGAACCGCCGCGCCAAGUGGAGGAAGAGGGAGAGGUUUGGUCAGCUCCACACGAUGAGGGCCAUGGCAUCGGCUGCCAACCAGGGCUACGACAUGCCCCUGGCCCCGAGACACGAGCCCUAUUCACAGAUGCAGGUGAGAAUAGUUGGACAUUGUGUCCGUGGUUGUCACAGUCUUGUCUAUGGACAGCCUGUCCGUGGUUGUCACAGUUUUGUCCAUCAACAGUGUGUCCGUGGUUGUCACAGUUUUAUCUAUGGACAGUGUGUCCGUGGUUGUCUCAGUUUUUGUCUAUGGACAGCGGGUCCAUGGUUGUCACAGUUUUGUCCACGAACAGUGUGUCUGUGGUUGUCACAGUUUUUGUCUAUGGACAGCGGGUCCAUGGUUGUCACAGUUUUGUCCACGAACAGUGUGUCUGUGGUUGUCACAGUUUUGUCUAUGGACAGCGCGUCCGUGGUUGUCAUAGUUUGUCUGAUACUGAAAGCGCGUCAGUGGCUCAUGUCACAGGUUGUCUUAUGUGUCAUUUGUAACAAUCGCCAGUAGAAGUACAAUGAUUCUCUAUGUCACGGGUUGUCUGAUGUGUCAGUUGUUACAAUUGCUAGUAGAAGUACAAUGAUGCUUGGCGUAACGUUACACAUGAUGUGGUUGGCGCUGUCUGUACAUUUACGUUGUUUGUCUUUAACUAAGUGAUUUGUGUUAACAAAAUAUAUUAAUGCGACUUCCUGUCUUGUACCAGAAGUGUCGUAACAUGAACUUUGUUUGUUUUCUUCGCCCUCAGAACCCCGACUCGUCCAUGAUGUGGAUGGAGAUGUACAAUCACUAUGGUAACAACAUGUGGAACCCUAUGUCGGCCAUUAAGGGAUAUCACCUGUCCAUGGGUGAGUGUACACCUGUUGAGUCUAUCGAUGGCAUGUUUUAAGAGUUGAGCUUCAUAGUGGAGUUUUAUGGUGGAGCUUUAAAUAGUAGAGUUUUAAAAUGGAGCUUUAUAGUGGAGGUUUUUUCCAAUAUUAUUUCCUCACCUGUUAAAAUUACUGGUACAAUUUAACAACCCCCCCCCCCACCAACCACUUUUUUUUUUUGCCAUAACAGACGCAGCACAGUCUUUAGGCACAAAGUGGCCGCCAGCCGUACCCCCGAUGUACCCCUCGUGGAAUGACCCCCAGCUUUUGUACCCGUCACCUCAGCACCAGCACCCGUCACCGGAAGCGUUGCACGGCGCAUGCGCGCCCUCCCAGAGGCAUGACGUCAAUUCCGUGUACGCCCAGGCCAGCAAUUUUCAACAGUGUUCGGUAGCCGGACCCGGGGGGCCUUGAGUGCCGCACCGCUGACCCUGUGUCGGUCACUUUCAUCGUGUGUCAUACCUUUGAGUCUUCAAGCGUGAGUGCCGUACAACGAACUCAACAACUCUUUUAAUGGACGUCCGUACAUUUUGAUAAUUUAAAGCACAUUACGUUUUGGUGAAAUGUCAUCAAGGUUCAUUUGAUUGAUGGACUGCACAUGAAUAUGUAUAUAUAUAUAUGUAUAGAUUUUAAUCAAGACAUACUUGUGUACAUAUAAUAUGUGUUUAUAUAUUCUCAUGUAUGUAGAAUGUGGUUUACUAAUGUUGGGGACCUUUAGAUUUGUGACAAUAGUGCCCUUGUGUAUACAUGACAUUCUGCCUGCGCGUGAUGUGACAUGGUGACAUGCUUGGAACCGUUGGGAUGACAGUCCCGGACUGUCGUGUAAUGUAGAGCUCCAGUGAUCUUAGCCGGGGGAUUCUUGAGAUUAUGCGUAGGAUUAUACUUGAGAUUAUCCUUAGGAUUAUGAAUGUUAAUGUGACCUCAGUGAAGAAAGGGAAGGGGAAG